CGGAGCGGGGUCCGAGGGGUUCAGCAGCACCAGGAUGGCGCAGCGGGCUCUGCCCAACCCCUACGCCGACUAUGACAAGUCCUUGGCUACCGGCUACUUCGAUGCUGCCGGGAGGCUGAGCCCUGAGUUCACACAGCGGCUGAAUAACAAAAUUCGGGAGCUGCUGCAGCAGAUGGAGAGGGGUCUCAAGUCUGCCGACCCAAAGGACUGCACUGCCUACACCGGCUGGGCAGGUAUUGCUUUGCUGUAUUUGCACCUGUAUGAUGUGUACGGAGACCCAGCCCACCUUCAGGCAGCCCACGAGUACGUGAAGAAGAGCCUGAGCUGUCUGACAAGGCGAUCCAUCACCUUCUUGUGUGGAGACGCCGGGCCCCUGGCAGUGGCCGCUGUCGUCUACCACAAACUGCAGAACCAGAAGCAGGCAGAAGAGUGCAUUACUCGCUUGCUCCAUCUACACAAGCUCGACCCGCGAGUGCCAGAUGAGCUGCUGUAUGGGCGCAUGGGCUACCUCUAUGCACUGGUGUUUGUGAACAAGCACUUCGGAGAGGAGAAGAUCCCUCAGAGUCACAUUCAGCAGGUCUGCGAAGCCGUCGUAGCCUCAGGAGAGAGCUUGGCCAAGAGGAGGAACUUCACAGGAAAGAGCCCACUGAUGUACGAGUGGUACCAGGAGUACUACGUGGGGGCAGCCCAUGGGCUGGCGGGGAUUUACUACUACCUCAUGCAGCCUGGCCUUGGAGUGAGCCAAGUCAAACUGCACAACGCAGUCAAACCCAGCGUGGACUACGUCUGCCAGCUCAAGUUCCCAUCGGGCAAUUACCCUCCGUGCGUGGGUGAUGCCAGAGACCUCCUCGUCCACUGGUGCCAUGGGGCACCAGGAGUUAUCUACAUGCUUCUCCAGGCCUACAAGGUCUUUGGGGAAGAGCAGUACCUAAAUGAUGCCCUGCAGUGCGCAGAAGUGAUCUGGCAGUACGGGUUACUGAAGAAAGGCUACGGGCUGUGCCACGGGACAGCCGGCAACGCUUACGGCUUCCUAGCGCUCUACAACCUCACGCAGAACAUGAAGUACCUGUACAGGGCCUGCAAGUUUGCAGAGUGGUGUUUAAGCUAUGGCCAGCAUGGGUGCCGGACUCCAGACACGCCUUUCUCUCUCUUUGAAGGAAUGGCUGGAACGAUCUACUUUCUCGCUGACCUGUUGGUGCCGACCAAGGCCAAGUUCCCUGCAUUUGAACUCUAAACCCGAGAUUGGCAGUUCCCUGCCCAAUUCCUUCUGCCCUUGGAAAAGCAGUUGGAAGCUGCUUUCUCCUUCUUUUCCCAACUCACCAUCAUUCACCUAACUGGACAUAAAUCCAUCCUCCUGAGGGCAUGCCGAGUCCUCUAAUCUUUCUGGUCAUCUCCUUGCGUUGUUUCAGUGUCAAAGGCAGGACGCGGGUUGUGCUGGUGUCUCCUACAAGCGCAGGGCUGCUGGUGGGAGCAGAGAGAAUGCGCGCAGCGUUUCCCUCACUGUAGAGCUUGGCUGUUUUCUGUACCCCAUUUCCUGGGACAAAGUUUUCUAUUGAACGCUGACAUAUAGUUGCAGGAAUUUAGUUGCCUUUGGAAAACAAAAGGUGCAAAACUGAGACUAUUGCCCUGCACACUACUUUUUAAGCGUUUUCUUUCUGAGCACCCAGGGAGUGGGCGGUUCAGCAGCUGUGCUGCCCCACGUGAAGCCAGGGGGAGGGACUGCUGAAUAGAUGCUUUAAUGUCAGCUUAUGAGUGGCACAGCUGGAACUGACCUGCCAAAGCCUUGUCCUGGAUUUACACCUGCCUGCUUUAACAGGUGCAGCUUCUUUGUGCAUUUUUUUUCCAGUGACAAAUAAUCUGCUGGCUUUUGUGCUUAGUUGCCAGCUUACGCUAAAGCUUGCAAGGUUCUAUUGAUCCUCUACAGGAGAGACGAGCGCGCUGGUGCGGUCUCUUCGGUUUGUUUGUUAUAGUUUAUUUUGCAGUUGUUAUUUAAAAUUACGUAUGAAUAUCGGGCAGUGCUGGGUACAGCAGCAUGGCGAGAGAAAUGUAUUCCACUGAGUUCUGUCAAUGUUCAAGCCAUUACCUGCAUUGAUGUUGUUUUCAGGCUUUGUUUUACAAGCUGCUUGUAGUUCGAUCCGCAACCGCACAUCUCCUAACUGGGAAAUCUGCCCUAGGCUAAAGAGCUCCGACCUGUCAAGUGGAGCAGAUAAUUAUGAGGAGUAAAAAUCUGCUUUUCCGUCCUUCGCUGAUGCCGCACUAAUUUGCAGCAGUUUGGGCCCUGGCCCUGUAAAGCCCUUUCUUGGCACUGAAAUUCCUGCUGAUCUGUGCUGCACAAGUGCAGCUCCUCGGCUUGCACCGGAGCGGUCCUGGGCUUUGGAUCUUUAAAGGCCCAGUUCCCGAGUGCCUCAGGCAACCAAAGAGCGGGCAACUUCUUGCAGCAGUGACAGUGAAGCAGGAGGACAGACCUGACACCAACAGUUGGCUGAUUUGUGCUUGAACACGCGGCAGCCGCGCCUCCAAGAGCAAAAAGCAAAAAGGUAGAAACCAUUUUCAAAAGGUUGCUUGUUUCCUCAAAGCCCCACCUGCUGCCAUCACGUUUCUGGAAGUUCACCAAAAAACAGCCUGAAAUGAGGAGAAGCUCAUCUGCCUCGGGCUGAGUAUCCUUGUCAGAAACCUCAAGCUUCUGCAGGCUCGGUGGUGUUCUUCACCCAUCACCCACAGGGCUCAAACAACACUGGGAAGGAGGAAGCACAGCUGUGAGAGCAGGAUUUGGCUCCUCAGAGCCUGAGAGUUGGACUCGGUAACACAUGAGCCCUGCUCCGAGUUCCUGCCCAGCUUAGCUGGGGUGAUGGCAGCGCUCUGGCUUCUGGGCAUUGCUUCAUGGCAGCACCACAUCCCAGGGUCUGUGCACUGAUGUGGGGACUGUCAGGGCCUGGUUUACGACUGCUGAGUAGAGACUGUUUAAUAAAAUGC